CCAGGCAGUCUGUGACCAGUAGGUUGGAUUGAUCUUUGUCACAGUGACAUAAUACGAUCUGACACCUUGCAUGCUGUGACUUGCUGUCUCCUUCCUCCAGGUCACUGGGAAGGAUCCUUGUAUUUAUAUAUGCCUGUGCUGAACUGAUCUAAGGAAAAGGAUACUUUCCUUUUUUUUCCUUUAGGGUUUACUGCUUAUUUACAGGAUGAAUGAUGUUGCUAUUAAAAUAUUAUGUGGAUGCUAAUUUAUUGCUGUAGGGAUACAUUUCUGGCCUCAUAAAUAGAGACACAAUGUUCUGACUGUGCAGCAGCUCUGAAGUACGUGGUGUUCGGAUAUGUACUGUUCUGUUCUUUCUGCCUUCCUCACCCCCCUCCUGAGUUCUGUAAUUAUUUCUUCCUUCUUGUGAUAUUUAUACAUUAAUUAUGCCUCUUUGACACUAGCAUGUGGAAGAAUUUCUGACACCUUUUGUCCCAACACUGCUUUUGGUAUUUUCUUUCUUUUCUAUUCUGCCUUCUCUUUUCCUCCAUUCCCAAUGUUUUUGGUCUGCUCCGUUGGAGCUUCUCUUUCAUAUUUUAUCUUUGGCUGUUUUUUCUUUUCAUCCCCUUGUACUGUUCAAGACAGUGCAGCUUGGCCUACUGUGUCCCCGCUGCUCUCUAUUUUAAGACUUAUUUGGGGUCUGGGUUCCAGAUCUUUCAAACUCCUAAUGUUCCUUUUCAUGAUGCUCCAGGUAGAGUAUUUGGUUAAUGGACAUAUCCUGUGUGUUAUAACUUACUGAAUGCAUUUUGUUUACCAAGGCUGUUCCCCUGUCUGAUUCUUACAUCAUUGCCAAAUGUCUUUGUCUCUACAUAACUUCAAGAUUGCCUUACCUGCAAUUCUUUACAAAUGGUGAUGGAUUCCUACACAGAUUAUGUUGAUAUGCAUACAUCACUACCAGGCAAACCUUCAAAUCCCAGCUGUUGCUGUUGUUGCUUCUGCCCUCAUUGACUGACAGGCAAGAACCAGAAUGUUUUGGGAAGAAGACAAGUCACAAGUCAUAAUGAAUCUCAGUUUACCAAGAGCAGCAGCAAAACACUACGAAUGAGGAAACAGACUGAUCAGGACAGAAGAGGUGCUGGUCUAAACGUGAAUCUUUGGCCACCCCACAGCUCUUUGGCAGGUUGUAUGAACAACAGUUGCUUCCAAAAUUCGAUACCUUCAGGAAUACCACAACCGGGUCCUCCACAACAUUUACCCUGUGCCCUCUGGAACUGACAUUGCAAAUACUCUGAAAUACUUUUCUCAGACGUUAUUGAGCAUUUUGUCCCGCACAGGGAAGAAGGAGAAUCAAGAUGCCUCCAAUUUGACAGUGCCCAUGACCAUGUGUCUUUUUCCUGUGCCAUUCCCACUCACCCCAUCUCUAAGACCACAGGUCAGUUCCAUCAACCCUACUGUUACUCGCUCCCUCCUUUACAGCGUCCUGCGAGAUGCUCCAUCUGAACGUGGCCAGCAAAGUCGUGAUGCUCAGUUAUCAGACUACCCAUCUUUGGACUAUCAAGGACUUUACGUGACACUGGUGACACUGCUGGAUCUAGUUCCCUUGCUACAACAUGGUCAACAUGAUCUUGGGCAGUCAAUUUUUUACACUACUACGUGCUUACUUCCUUUUCUCAAUGAUGAUAUUUUGAGUACUUUACCCUAUACAAUGAUUUCAACACUAGCUACCUUUCCUCCAUUUCUGCACAAGGAUAUUAUAGAGUAUCUCAGCACAUCUUUUCUGCCUAUGGCUAUAUUGGGAUCCUCAAAAAGAGAAGGUGUUCCAGCACAUGUCAAUCUGUCUGCAUCAUCAAUGCUAAUGAUUGCAAUGCAGUACACAUCAAACCCGGUGUAUCACUGCCAGUUAUUGGAAUGCCUCAUGAAAUAUAAGCAAGAAGUGUGGAAAGAUUUGUUAUAUGUUAUAGCUUAUGGACCGUCUCAAGUUAAACCUCCAGCAGUACAAAUGUUAUUUCACUAUUGGCCCAAUUUAAAACCUCCUGGGGCAAUCAGUGAGUACAGAGGACUGCAGUACACAGCCUGGAAUCCUAUUCAUUGCCAGCACAUUGAGUGCCAUAAUGCAAUUAACAAACCAGCUGUGAAGAUGUGCAUUGAUCCAUCCUUGUCUGUGGCUUUGGGGGAUAAGCCACCUCCCCUAUAUCUUUGUGAAGAAUGCAGCCAGAGAAUUGCAGGGGAUCACAGUGAAUGGUUGAUUGACGUUCUUCUACCACAAGCUGAAAUUUCUGCUAUAUGUCAGAAGAAGAACUGUAGUUCACAUGUCAGAAGAGCUGUUGUCACAUGCUUCUCAGCGGGCUGCUGUGGCCGCCAUGGCAACAGGCCAGUGCGCUAUUGCAAAAGAUGCCAUUCGAAUCAUCAUAGCAGUGAAGUUGGGGCAGCUGCAGAAACCCAUCUUUAUCAGACCUCACCACCCCCUAUCAAUACCCGGGAGUGUGGGGCAGAGGAGCUUGUGUGUACUGUGGAAGCCGUGAUCAGCUUGCUGAAGGAAGCAGAGUUUCAUGCUGAGCAGAGGGAGCAUGAACUCAACCGCAGGAGACAGAUGGGCCUCUCCUCUUCCCAUCAUUCCCUGGACAACACAGACUUUGAUAAUAAAGAUGAUGACAAGCAUGAUCAACGCCUCCUGAGCCAGUUUGGAAUCUGGUUCUUGGUGAGCCUUUGCACUCCCAGUGAGAAUACACCCACAGAGAGUUUAGCAAGGCUGGUUAGCAUGGUGUUCCAGUGGUUUCACUCUACAGCUUACAUGAUGGAUGAUGAAGUUGGUAGCCUGGUUGAAAAGCUCAAACCCCAGUUUGUUACUAAGUGGUUGAAGACUGUUUGUGAUGUCCGGUUUGAUGUCAUGGUUAUGUGCCUCCUUCCUAAACCAAUGGAGUUUGCCAGGGUUGGUGGAUACUGGGACAAAUCGUGUAGUGCUGUGACCCAAUUAAAAGAAGGACUAAAUCGAAUCCUUUGCUUGAUUCCAUACAAUGUGAUAAACCAGCCGGUGUGGGAAUGUAUCAUGCCAGAGUGGUUGGAAGCUAUAAGGAUGGAAGUGCCUGAUAAUCAACUGAAAGAGUUCCGGGAAGUGUUGAGCAAAAUGUUUGACACUGAACUUUGCCCUCUCCCAUUCUCCAUGGAGGAGAUGUUCGGCUUCAUUAGCUGUCGAUUCACAGGGUAUCCAUCCUCUGUGCAAGAGCAAGCAUUGCUUUGGCUGCAUGUGUUAUCUGAACUAGACAUUGUUGUUCCUCUUCAGUUACUAAUCAGCAUGUUUUCUGAUGGAGUUAAUUCUGUAAAAGAGUUAGCAAAUCAAAGAAAAUCCAGAGUUAGUGAACUGGUGGGAAGCAUUGCAGCUCGGAGGGUAAGCAUUGCUUCUGACCCUGGGCGCAGAGUUCAGCACACCAUGCUGAGUCCUUUCCCAAGCCCUUUCCAGAGCCCAUUUCGGAGUCCAGUACAUAGUCCUUUUCACAGCCCUUUCAAGAACUUUGGACACCCCAGUGGAAAGACAAUUGAUUUUGACUGUGAAGAUGAUGAAAUGAAUCUUAAUUGCUUCAUUCUGAUGUUUGACCUCAUCUUGAAGCAGAUGGAACUCCAGGAUGAUGGUGUCACUUUGGGCUUAGAGAGCAGCAUUUCAAAAGAUAUAAUAUCCAUCAUAAACAAUGUGUUCCAGGCACCCUGGGGUGGUUCUCACACCUGUCAGAAAGAUGAAAAAGCAGUUGAAUGUGGUCUGUGUCAGUCCAGUGUUCUCUGUUACCAGCUGGGUUUUGAGCUGCUGGAACAACUUGCUCCAAAAGAAGAAAUCAGGCUUGUGGAGCCCACAGAUAACCUCGAGGAUAGUCUUCUGUAUACUAGACCUGAGUUUAUUAUAGGAACUGAAGGAGAAGAGGAGGAUAAAUCAGCACCAAAACAUGGAGAAAACCCAGGAAAUCACACAGAGACAGCAGAAAAUGCUGCGAUAAAAAAUGACACAGAAAGAAAAUUUUGUUAUCAGCAACUUCCAGUUACCUUGAAGCUCAUAUAUACAAUAUUACAGGAAAUGUCAAGGUUUGAAGAACCAGACAUUCUUUUUAAUAUGCUGAACUGUCUGAAGAUCCUGUGUCUUCAUGGGGAAUGCCUGUAUAUAGCAAGAAAGGACCAUCCACAAUUUCUUGCAUAUAUUCAAGAUCGCAUGCUGAUUGCAAGCUUAUGGGGAGUUGUGAAGUCUGAGUUCUCUCAGCUUUCUUCCUUGGCAGUCCCCCUUCUUCUCCAUGCACUUUCACUUCCCCAUGGAGCUGACAUUUUCUGGACAAUCAUAAACAGCAAUUUCAACAGCAAAGAUUGGAAGAUGAGAUUUGAAGCAGUGGAGAAGGUGGCUGUGUUGUGCAGAUUUUUGGAUAUUCACUCCGUGACAAAAAACCACCUACUGAAGUACUCUUUGGCUCAUGCAUUCUGCUGUUUCCUGACUGCUGUAGAAGAUGUCAACCCAGCAGUAGCUACAAGAGCUGGGCUGUUACUUGACACUAUAAAGAGGCCAGCUUUACAGGGUCUUUGCCUCUGCCUUGAUUUCCAGUUUGACACAGUUGUCAAAGACAGGCCCACGAUUCUUAGUAAGCUUUUGCUACUUCAUUUUCUAAAAGCAGAUAUUCCAGCUUUGAGCUGGGAGUUCUUUGUGAAUCGCUUUGAGACCUUGUCUCUGGAAGCACAGCUUCAUCUGGACUGCAACAAAGAAUUCCCUUUCCCAACAACUAUCACUGCUGUCCGGACAAAUGUCGCCAACCUCAGUGAUGCAGCAAUGUGGAAGAUCAAGAGGGCUCGUUUCGCACGUAAUCGUCAGAAGAGUGUGCGUUCCCUGAGGGACAGUGUGAAGGGACCAGUGGAGUCAAAGAGAGCGCUUUCCCUUCCAGAAACCUUAACCACCAAAAUUCCUUUGAGCUUGACCAGACAUGAGCAGUCUGCUCCAGCACUUGGAGGAACACCAGAGCAAACACCAGGACAGCCCUCCCCAGAAAAUGAUAACACAAUAAAAGACCUGCUGCCAGAGGAUGCUGGGAUUGAUCACCAAACAGUACACCAGCUCAUUACUGUGCUAAUGAAGUUCAUGGCAAAGGAUGAGAGCAGUGCUGAGUCGGACAUCAGCAGUGCUAAAGCUUUCAACACAGUCAAGCGCCAUCUGUACGUGCUGCUUGGUUAUGAUCAGCAGGAAGGAUGCUUCAUGAUUGCACCACAAAAAAUGCGUGUUUCAACAUGCUUUAAUGCCUUUAUUGCAGGAAUAGCACAAGUGAUGGACUAUAACAUCAACCUGGGAAAACACCUUCUUCCCUUGGUGGUGCAGGUGUUGAAAUAUUGCACUUGCCCUCAGCUAAGGCAUUACUUUCAGCAGCCUCCUCGCUGCUCCCUCUGGUCCCUCAAACCUCACAUUCGGCAGAUGUGGUUAAAGGCUCUGCUUGUCAUUCUCUACAAGUACCCCUACAGAGACUGUGAAAUCAGCAAGAUUGUACUUCACCUAAUCCACAUCACAGUCAAUACCCUCAAUGCUCAAUAUCACAGCUGCAAGCCCCAUGCAACUGGUGGUCCUUUGUAUAGUGACAACAGUAACAUAAGCCGAUACAGUGAAAAGGAGAAAGCAGAGGAAGACAGUGUUUUUGAUGAAUCUGAUAUUCAUGAUACACCAACUGGACCUUGCAAUAAAGAAUCUCAAACUUUCUUUGCAAGACUGAAAAGAAUUGGUGGCAGCAAAAUGGUGAAAUAUCAACCAGUUGAGAUGAAUGCUCAGAGAAGUGAAAUAGAGCUGGCUGAAUAUAGAGAGACGGGGGCCUUACAAGACAGUAUUCUACGCUGUGUGAGAGAAGAAAGCAUUCAGAAAAAAAAACUGCGCUCUCUAAAACAAAAAUCUCUUGAUAUAGGGAAUGCAGACUCCCUGUUGUUUUCAUUAGAUGAACAUCGCAGGAAGUCCUGCAUAGACCGGUGUGACUUAGAAAAACCUCCUGUCCCUGCUGCUUACGCCAUACACCGGCAGAGUGAUUAUGGACGAUCUGGACAGAAUUCUUCUACUAAACCUGAAAAUAUAGAAACACAAGAAAAUCUUCCUCGCACGGAGAGUUUCCAGGAAACAAGACGACCUGUCAUACCAGAAGUUAGGCUAAACUGUAUGGAAACCUACGAAGUGAAAGUGGACUCUCCGGUUAAAUCUGGUAGUCCUAAGGAAGAUUUAGAUCUGAUAGAUUUGUCCUCUGACUCAGCAUCGGGUCCUGAAAAGCAUUCAGUACUCUCCACUUCAGACAGUGACUCUUUAGUCUUUGAACCACUUCCUCCCCUUAGAAUAGUGGAGAGUGAUGAAGAAGAAGAAACAACAAACCAGCUGAAUGAUGAGGUCUCUGGGAAAACUACUGCAUCAUUUCCCUCAACUCCUAUCAAUGUCUCUGCAUUCAGCCUCAGCACAACACCACUAGUCCAGUUCAGCAUUGAAGAUUGCUCCAAAGACUUUAGUUCUAAGGAUACAAGCAACAGUGCUUCAGCAGGAAUAGAGGACAUCCUUUCCAUUUCUCCCAAAGAUCAAAAGGACUCAUCAGAGUUAGUUAAGCCAGAAGAACUUCAGGAGAUGUCCUGUGGGAGCCCACUAACACUGAAACAGAAAAGAGACCUGCUGCAGAAGUCAUUUGCCCUUCCAGAAAUGUCCCUUGAUGAUAGCUCUGAGCUCAGCAUGGAGGAAAUUAGAUCUAGUGGAGCAAUUUCAAGCCCAAAUGUAAAGACAGUCCUUAUUAAAGUCCCCGAAGAUUCUGAAAACCAAACAGAAAGUGGUAAACUUGAUGCCAACGCAGAGUCUGACACUGAACAAAACAUGGAGCAGAAACAAGAAGAGGAGACAGAAGAGUCAGAAUUCAAGAUUCAGAUUGUCCCUCGCCAGAGGAAACAGAGGAAGAUUGCUGUGAGUGCAAUUCAGAGAGAAUACCUGGACAUUUCUUUCAACAUCCUUGACAAGCUGGGAGAGCAGAAGGAGGCAGAUCCUGCUGCCAAGACUCUUUCAACACUGGAAAUGCCAAGAGAGUCAUCAUCUGCACCAACCCUUGAAGCAGGAGUCCCGGAGACAAGUAGUCACUCCUCCAUAUCAACUCAAUUCAGACAAAUGAAAAGAGGCUCUUUGGGAGCUCUGACAAUGAACCAGCUAAUGAAGAGGCAGCUGGAACACCAGUCUAGUGCUCCCCACAAUAUCAGCACUUGGGAUACUGAGCAGAUACAGCAUGGAAAGCGGCUGUGCAAUGUCCCUGUUUGCCUAAACCCCGACUUGGAGGGACCGCCACUAAGACUCAGAGGUGCCACAAAAUCUAGCUUGCUGUCAGCACCCAGUAUAGUCAGUAUGUUUGUACCUGCACCAGAAGAAUUUGCUGAUGACCAGCCCAUUAUGAUGACUGACAAGUGUCAUGACUGUGGGGCUAUUCUUGAAGAAUAUGAUGAAGAAACGCUAGGCCUGGCCAUAGUUGUGCUCUCAACCUUCAUUCACCUUAGUCCAGACUUGGCUGCUCCUCUGCUGCUGGACAUCAUGCAGUCUGUAGGAAGGUUGGCAUCAAGUACCAGUUUUUCUAAUCAAGCAGAAAGUAUGAUGAUCCCUGGAAAUGCUGCAGGUGUGGCCAAGCAGUUCCUCCGUUGUGUGUUCCAUCAGCUGGCUCCCAAUGGUAUCUUCCCCCAGCUCUUCCAGAGCAAUAUUAAAGAUGGAAGUUUUUUACGGACCUUGGCCAUGUCUCUUAUGGACUUCAGUGAGCUGAGUUCCAUUGCUGCUCUGAGCCAGCUGUUAGAGGGUUUAAACAACAAAAAGAAUUUACCAGCAGGGGGUGCAAUGCUACGCUGUUUAGAAAAUAUCGCUACCUUCAUGGAAGCCUUGCCAAUGGAUUCACCCAGCAACCUCUGGACCACAAUUAGUAAUCAGUUUCAGACCUUCCUUACUAAACUCCCCUGUGUUUUGCCACUUAAGUGUUCUUUAGAUUCUAGUUUAAGAAUCAUGAUUUGCUUGGUAAAGAUACCUACCACUAGUGCCACCAGGAGUCUUCUGGAGCCUUUUUCAAAAUUACUAAGCUUUGUAAUUCAGAAUGCUGUCUUCACUCUGGCCUACCUGGUGGAACUGUGUGGGCUGUGCUACCGGGCCUUCACUAAGGAAAGGGAUAAAUUCUACUUGACACGCAGUGUCAUACUGGAGCUAUUGCAGGCACUCAAGUUAAAGUCACCAUUACCAGACAUGAAUCUGCUGCUGUUGGUGCAGUUUGUUUGUGCAGAUGCCGGAACAAAGCUAGCUGAGUCGACAAUCUUGCAUAAACAGAUGAUUGCUUCUAUGCCUGGAUGUGGAACAGCGGCAAUGGAAUGCAUGAGGCAAUAUAUUGGGGAAGUGCUGGAUUUCAUUGCAGAUAUGCAUACCUUAACCAAAUUAAAGAGCCACAUGAAGACUUGUUCACAGCCACUGCAUGAAGACACAUUUGGUGGACAUCUGAAAGUUGGUUUAGCUCAGAUUGCUGCUAUGGAAAUCACCCGGGGAAACCACAGAGACAACAAAGCUGUGAUCCGAUAUUUGCCUUGGCUUUACCAUCCUCCUUCUGCAAUGCAACAAGGGCCCAAAGAGUUCAUAGAAUGUGUAUCACACAUUCGUUUGCUGUCCUGGUUACUUCUGGGGUCUCUGACACACAAUGUUGUCUGUCCAAAUUCUCCAUCAUCUUGCAUGCCUAUUCCACUGGAUGCGGGUUCACAAAUUGCUGACCACCUUAUUGUCAUUCUGAUUGGGUUUCCAGAGCAAUCAAAGACAUCUGUUCUGCACAUGUGUUCCCUCUUCCAUGCAUUUAUAUUUGCUCAGCUCUGGACAGUGUAUUGUGAACAGACAGCAGUAGCGCCAACAGUCCAGAAUCAGAACGAAUUUAGCUUUACAGCAAUCCUUACAGCCCUGGAGUUCUGGAGCCGAGUGACACCUAGCAUCCUACAGCUAAUGGCACAUAACAAAGUGAUGGUGGAAAUGGUGUGCCUGCAUGUGAUCAGUUUAAUGGAGGCUUUACAGGAAUGCAACUCUACUAUCUUUGUAAAGCUCAUACCAAUGUGGCUGCCAAUGAUCCAGUCAAAUCUAAAGCAUUUAUCUGCUGGACUCCAGCUUCGGCUCCAAGCCAUCCAGAGCAAUGUCAACCAUCACAGCCUAAGGAUGUUACAGGGGUCAGGACAAAUGAACAAUAGCUCAUCUGUGCUCCGCAAGUGGCUACAGUGUACCCAAUUUAAAAUGGCUCAAGUAGAAAUUCAGUCGUCAGAAGCUGCAUCUCAGUUUUAUCCUUUAUGAUUCAUGUAAUUUGUUCCAAAUGUUCACUUUUAGCCAAGCAAUAACAGGGAUAGAGCUGUAAGAGACCAUUUGUAUAAAUCAGUAUACAGAGUAUAUACUGUAUCUAUACUUUUUAGCCUAGGACAUACUGUGGAAAAGCUUAUAAUGCGUGAAGCUAAGAGCCUGAUCCUGCCAAUCUUUGAUUUUACUCAGGAUCAAUAGGUUCUUAAGUCUGCAUUCAUGAACAUGUAUUUGCAGGAUUGGACUUAAGUCUAUCACAUUGAACAUAUCUGAUCAUUGAGAUAUCUUGUUUUGAGAUGUUUCUUUAUAUUAUUUUUGAAGCUAAGACAAAAAUCACUUUUCUUUAACUUUUUUUUAAAUAGAAUUGUGGGUAUUCACAAAGAUAUGGAAGUGCUCUGUUGCUAUUUUUUGAUGAUAAAAGAAAACGGGUUUUAGGAAUCUUUAUAGGAGGGUGUUUUUUUUUGGUGGGGGGCAGGGUCUUUUUUUUGUAGAUUCACAGCUGGCAAUGCAAUAAAACCUGUCACUAUAAAACCAUGAUCUUCUAAUGAGGCUUUUUGUCAUCAUCUUCUGGGAAAACAGCAGCUUGUGAGGAGAGUUAUUAUAAAGUGCACUUAGAAAUAAGGUUGUUAAACUGUGCUGAUUUGUUUGUCUUUUCUUCAGUACUGUUUUCCAAAACUGCCAAGUCUGAUUUGUUUUUUGAAAUACUGCUUUUACUUACUCCAUGGAUUCUGUGCUGCUCUUCUUCGUAGGUUUCAUAGAAGCCUCUAAUUUUGUGACUAAUGUAUUGUAUUCUUCUGUCAAUACUUGUGAACAGUGCAAUUAAAAAUGGAUAUCCCACACCUA